AAGAACGCCGUGCCUGGGGAGUGCGGCGGACACAGAUCGGAGGCCGGACGUUCUGAGCAGGGAAGCACCGCCUUUUCCGGUGUCACAGUUAUUCGCCGCUUGGGUUCCAUGGCUUCGCUGGGAAGGCAGGUUCCUGAGUGGCAUCGUCUAGUGGCCCUCUCCUGGGCCUGUUUGGCUAGGCAGACCCCUCAUCUCAGAGAACAGAAACAGAUGAGCCCUUCUCUGUUUUGCAAACUGAAUACAGUGCCCAGUAGAGGACGGUUUCGAGAGUUUUCCAGCGUUAGACCCGAAAAGUAUGGGCAGGAACCAGAACUGAGCACACAUCUCACUCAGUGUCUUCAGGAGGAACAGAGGUCUUGUGUGAAUUCUAAGUCCUUGGAGCCUGAAAGGGUCAUCAGUUCCCUCCAGGACAUGGGGUUUGCUGAAGCCCAUAUUAAUAGCCUGCUUAGUAUACAGCCAAGUGUCCAUCCUCAGCAGUUGCUGGACAUAAUUUCAGAACUCCUACUCUUGGGGUUGAACCCAGAGCCUGUAUUAAUGGCCUUGAACAAAAAUCCUCAGUUGCUGAAACUGUCUACUGUGCAAAUGAAGAAGCGUUCCAGUUACCUUCGGAAGCUUGGCCUUGGAGAAGGGAAACUGAAGCGAGUGCUUUCCGUUCGCCCUGAGGUUCUCACCAUGCCCCAGCGGGACAUCGACACCAUUGUAAAGGUCCUCAGGGAGAAGUGCUUGUUCACAGCACAGCACAUCAUAGACAUUCUGCACAGAUGCCCCACUGUUCUGCAGGAGGACCCCAAUGAGCUAGAAUACAAGUUCCAGGAUUCCCCAAGCUCUGCCUGAUGUUCAGCCGUCGGUCUCUACAUGGCAUUUGAUUUUCAUGGAAGCUAGAGACCAGUGGCAUUUUAAGUCUUCAGUGUGCCAGAAGACAGCAAUGCCAACAUAAAGACCUAGCUUCAGAGGAGAUACUGAAGCUAAAUGAAGGCGAUUUACACAGGCAGUAAUAAAUACAUCCAUAGAAAUACAGUCCCAUACUUAAAGAGAUUGAGUCAACCUCAAGUUGACAGGAAAUGCAAGGUCAGAGAGACAAGAAGGAAAGAAAGGGGAAGUCAGAGCAUACGUGCAAGUGGACAAGGACCAAAAGGGACACUACAGUUCAUGGAACAGUGUAGAAGAUGUACAAAUUAAAACUCAAGACAAUGAAAGCCUUCAGCCUGGGAAAGGCAUCAAAGUGAAGUCUCCUCAGAACACUGCUUGUCCCAAGGGGAAUGAAGGAGCAGCGGGGGCAGCGGGGCUUUUUAAUGAACUCCGAUAUGUUAAAGGCUGGAGGGACCAUCUGGAGAAUCUUGGAGACCAUAGAAACAGCACAUCCUUGACAGAGAGGUGAGAUGCGGUAAUUAAAAUACUCAAAAUAUGGGGAAAAACAGGAAGCACAGAACAGAGAGUAACUGUUGGGGGUCUGACGGGGGAAGGUUUCCCCUACAGAAGUUCUGCUCCAGCUGUGAGGAGGUCUCCCUAAGGUGUGUGUGUGUGUGUGUGUGUGUGUGUGUGUGUGUGUGUGUGUGUGUAUGUGUAACAAACUCGGCUCCCUCUGGGGAUGCUUUUCCUAGUGAAAGUGUUACAUUCUGCUCUGGAAGGAGGGGGAGGCUGGGAGGCUGGGGAGUGGGGUAGGUUUCUCCAAUAAAAGCUGUGCAAAGGUGUUCCAGCUGGGCUCUGAAAGGUAUCCUGGCAGCCAGGAGCCAAGGAAUACCACAAGCUCACACCACAACAAACCUCACACAAGAGAUUUAUUAGGAGGGGAAAAUCCAGAAGGGUGGCUGCCUCUGCCAGUGAGAAGCAGCAGAGAACUGGGCAGCACUAAGGGUUCAUCUAGAGUUUCUUGUGGAGGGCGGGGCAACUUUCCAGGGUAGCCUGGCAUUGGAGGGAUUAUGUGGCCCAACCUUUAGGGCAAGGUCAGGGAUUGGUGGGAUUUUUUUUUUAACUUGUUGGGCAGAGUUGGACUGCUCUCUGGCCUCAGGCCAUUAGAAAACGACUAUUUAGGGCCCUUAGGGACAUCUGGGGGUAGGACCUGAUCACUUCCCCACAUUGAGGGGCCGAAAGGCAGUCGCAGCUGUUUUAGCCUGUAUGGCCUAGCUCCUAGAUCACUUGCAAGCAUUGAGGGUUUACAAUGUUUAUAAAGUUACAAAGCUUGCAAAGGGAGUCCAAGGCAGGGAAGCCUUCCGUGCUGCUCAAGUUGGUGUGGCUAGCCAACAGGUAGAAGAAACAGCAAGGCAAUGGUGAGCAAUCUCCUGUCAGUCAGCCCGAGAUGCAGAGGCAUACACCUGUCAGCUACAUAGUAAAUUAAAAAGAACUAAAGGUUCUAGUUCCAAGAUAAACCGCCUAAGCGCCAACCAAAGGAAAGCUGGCAUGGCUGUACUAUCAUCAGAUAAAGUAGACCAUGAGGCCACAUCAUUUGCAAACAUCAUUUGACAAUGAUUAGGCAGGUAAAAUGGCGUCACCACUCAGCAUUCUUUUUUUUUUUUUUUUUAAUUUUAUUUAUUUUAUGUGUAUGUCUUCAGACACACCAGAAGAGGGAGUCUGAUCUCAUUAUGGGUGGUUGUGAGCCACCAUGUGGUUGCUGGGAUCCGAACUCAGGACCUUGGAAAGAGCAGUCAGGGCUCUUACCCGCUGAGCCAUCUCGCCAGCCCACCACUCAGCAUUCCUAACGGGGCCUCAGCAGAUGAGAGAGAGGGUCACUUCAUGACCAGGGUGGGACAUUUCAGAAUAUUCUCUGGGAAAAUGUUAGGGCAAGAGUAUGUGGACUGAGGAGGCAGCAUGUGAGGAGAGGAGCAUGCACUCUGGCCCCAGCCCUGUGUUGUUGCUGCAAACAAGAAUGCCAGUCCCUGUUGGCACUGACAAGGCCAUUUCCUUGGAUUGUGUUUGCAGAGCUCCAGUCAUGAGGGAUGAAAUAUUGCCCUCCUGGGGAUGAAGAGCAGACUUACUGUAAAAGCCAGGCUCCUAAGCUAAGAGCAAACCCACGAUGUGUGUGGCAUCUACUUGGGCCUUCAUGUCGUCCCCAGGCACUCAGUAAAGAGUUACAGACAGAAGAACUCUCUUUAUGAGGCUUACAUGACUUGACCUGGAUGGACAGUUGCUGAGCAGCAUCAUGCGUGUAGUUGUCUGAGUCUGGCAAUAUGUAAGUGGGAUAAGUUUCUCGUUGUCAUCAAGUUGUGGUUUUGUAAGGAAUAUGAGGCAUGGCUUGUAUUAGAAACAAAUUAACUUAAUGUACUAUUAAACCAACUUUCAUCAAAUUUAUAAAUUUAAAAAUUGAAGGAGAAAAUCCCCAGUACAUAAGUAAAAGCUGGGUAUGGCCGUAUCAGUAAUCCCAGAGACAGGCAGAUCCUAAGAGCCCACUGCCAGCCAGCUUGGCAGGGAUGCAAAGCCCCUGUUUCCGAUUCUGUCAUUUCUCUGACUCUGUGCACUGGGACGGCUGGACAUGGAGGCCUCAUGAAAAGGUUUUGUCUUUCAUUUUUAUUUGUUUAUUUUGUAUUAUUUUAGUUAUUCCUUUUAUUUAAUAUUAUAAUAUAAUCAUAUCGUUCUUCCCUUUUCUUCUCCUCUCAAACCCUCCUAUGUCCCUCUCCCUGCUCUCUUCCAAAUUGAUGGCUUUGUUUUCUCGUUAAUAGUUGUUACAUGCAUAUAUGUACACACAUAAAUAUUUAUAAAUACUCACAUGCAACCUGCUCAGUCUGUAUAAUGUUACUUGCAUGUAUGAUCUCAGGCUGAUCAUUUGGCAUUGGAUGCCCAAGCGCUGUGCUCUCCCAUGGGGCAAUACUGUGCUGCUCUUGGCAUUCCUCAGUUGACUACAGUUCUCUGUGUAGGGCUGAGGCCUCCCAGGCUUUCUUCAUCACAGUAAGUUUUAACGUCUGCUAGAGAAUGUCCUUUUAGCUUACGUUCCCCAAAGAGUCUUGGUUUUUCUCGUGUGUGUGUGUGUGUGUGUGUGUGUGUGUGUGUGUGUUUACAUGCAUGUGCACAUGUAUCUAUACCUGCAGAGGCCAGAUAAGAACACUGGCUUUCUCCCUAUAUUACCCCCCCACCUUAUGUUUUGAAAACAUUUAUUUAGUUAUUUGUGGGUGUGAUUGGGGUGGCUACAUAUAUAUAGCCUAUGUGUAGAGGACAGCAGACAAGUGGUGGGAACAGGUUCACUCCUUCUAUGAUAUGGGCCAGAGGGAUUGAACGCAAGUCAUGGGGCUCACCAGCACAUGCUUUUACCACCAAGCACGCCCAUACACAUGUCCACACAGUAUGCAUCACCCCCCUACACACACACACACACUCAGGAAUACUCAGCUGUAGAAGAAAGAUCCCCCCCCAUUUGCAACCACAUGACUGAGUCUUGAUGGCACUGUGAUAAGUGGAAUAAUCCAGGCACAGAAAAACAAACACCACAUGGCCUCACAUGUAGAAUCUAAAAACACUAAGCUCACACAACAGGGAGUAGAGGUAUGGGUGUUAGACAUGGUGAGCUUUGAGUGCAAGAGGCAGCUGGGAUAGUAUUUUAGUCUUCAGGCAUUAGUUACAUAAAGCUCUAGUCCAAUGGUGUUAGCUGUAUUAGAAAUACAGUAUCACUUGCUUGAUAUUAGAUCACCUCCCACCUGUGGCAAGCACCUGUGAAGGAAGAUGCUUUAUUUUUACCAUGGCCGUCACUCCCAGUGUACACAUAAUCGCUGCAUUGCAUAAAACUUGAAUAUACAUGCUUACAUAAUUUUGUCAGUUUUACUCCUAUAAAGCUGGGAAAUUUAACUGAAACAAAACUAAGAAGAACCAGUGUCUACCACUGUAAAACACCUCAUAGUCUACUCUGACAGUCACACAGCAAUGACGAGGAGUAGACAGGACCAUUGGGAGCCAGGGAGCCAGAUGUGGUUACCCCUGGUAACAGUGAAGGAAAGAAGGUGGUGCCUCUCUGUGGAUGGAGUGGAGGCUGUGCAGGCCUCACAGAUAUGUGGUUAGAACCAGAGGGACAUGCAGGGGCUGGCCAGGAGGGACUGCUCAGAGGUAGAGUGCAGAGUAGAACGGAUAGCCUCUUCUGGGAGGAUCUGCAUCAUACUCGCUUAUUCUUGGUACACACGUCAAGAAUCCCUUUCUGACCAUGUUUUAGAGAAAAGAUGUAAGGACUAAAAGAUGGCAAAGGCAACUCUGGCUACGGGGGGGGGGGGGUCAGUGUCUUUAGGGCGGGACUUGGGCUACAGAUGGAGAUGUGCCACCUAUAGAUUGGGGUCCUGCUGCACUGCCCUCCCCACAGCCACUCUCUCAUUGGCCACUUACAGCUUCCUGAGUUUUCCUGCCUCCCUUAGAAUGUGAGGUGUACCUCGUGUACAGAAGAGACCUCUGGCCUUUGAGGUCUCCUCUGCUCCACCGCACACUGCUGCUGCUCUUCUUCUCAGGGUUGGGUAGGAGUGCGGAGGCGGGGGGUGGGGGGAAUCCAGGAAGGACACAGAACAAGCCAGCCCUGUUCCCAUGCCAGGACAGGGCAGUGCCAGGACCACAGGAAAGCAGGUAUGGGGGCCCAGAUGCUGGGCUGGCUCACUCCCUUUCCUGGGCAGAGCUUCACUGGCUUCCUCUCUCCAGAUGGGAUGCGUGAGUUUCUUUGAAGUGAGCAAUGGCAAGGCCCAAGCCAGAGGUUUAAGGAGUCAUGAGUUGCCCUCUCCUUCAGGCCCAGACAGAAGUUGUGUCUCCCCAGAUGUCAUUUUUUUAUAGUUUUUCUGUUCUUGCAACACUGCUUUGUGAAACGUGCAGGAUGGCACGGCAAACAAGGAGAGGGAAUGAGACCUGAGUGCCUGACUGAUGCCGACCGGAACCAGGGAUGCCAGGCAUUCCUAGAUAAGUGACUGUUGGAUCCUUGUCCUAGUUUUAGAGGUGACAUCCAGUCAGCUGCUCAGCUACUGGAUUCCCAGAAACCUGAUUAAGAGCCCAGAUGUUGUCCUAAGAGGGACUGCACCCACAGAAAUGCUAAAUUCCCACCACCACCACCACCACCACCACCACCACCAAAAGCCUGCCACCCUGGGCAAGAAGGGAAGACACUGUUCUCUAAGGAACUGCAGGCUGAAGAUGCCACAUGGCCGGCCUUGAUUCCAGAGCUGUAGCCUUCGCCAGCCCUUUCCUGAACAUUAGGCAUGCAGGGCCUUCCUGUGGCCACUCCCAGGCCUCCUCUGGGACUAGCAGUUCUUGGGCCAGGUCAGGAACACUGUCUUCUCUUCAGGCUGAACACCUGUUGUUGAGAUAAACAAGGCUACCAGCUGCAUGUCACAGUCCAGGGUGGGUGAUAGGGGUUCCAGGAGGGACCUUUCAGGACGACUGCUGGUGAAGUCUGCAGUGGACAGAGGAGAGCACAGACAGUCCCUGCUUCCCAGGGAUGCCUUCUCCUCCUUGACUGUAGCUAGCCAGGACCAGGCUGUGGAGGGGCAAGCUGAGAUUCCUGGUCAGCUUGGUAGGGUAGUAGUGACUGUGGACUCCAAGGGAGGUGGAGGAGGUUGGAGCAUCCUGGAUGGUGUGGGACUGCCAACAUGCCUGCCUGCGCAUACUCUCCUGGCACCUCCCCCCCUUACUUCCCCCCUUCUUGCUUCUGCAGGAAGGCAGCCCUGGCUAGAGGAAGCAGAGGCAGGGCUGUUGGCAUUUCCGACUUGUUUGAAGUCAGGAACGCCUGAAGACCAAGUGCUAUGCGACCUGAGUUUGGGCCAACUACCCUUGAGCCUGGGGCCAGAGGCUGCUCUGAGCAGAGGCUCUGGCCUACAGCAGAGACUGCUCUAGGUAUGCAAACCUCAGAUCAGCUCAGUCCCAGCUUGGACUUCUCUAUCCCGACCCAGAUAACAAAGUUCUCCCGGCCCCAGGCUUUUUACACUUGUUUUGAGAGCUGUAGGCAUGUCUUUCAUUUCCUGUCAGCUUUCCGGGAAGCUAGGAAUCCUCUUACAGGCAGGGGGAGGCCUGGUGUCCUGGGUAGGAUUGCUGUGUGAGCAUCCUUUAUCCUCAACCCUGGAGGGCUCUCCCAGCAAAUCACCUUGGUACAGAGACAGCCAUCAUGGAGUUAUAUGCGUGGUUGUGGGAGGGACAAGAGAGUCCCUAGGGGCAGUCAGGAUACAUUCCAGGAGGGGUCAUUUGGGCUGCGCUCUAUGCUCAGGUUGGGAGGGGUGCAUCCCUACUCUUGCUGUCUGUCUACAGUGAGUGGCUCCCUUGGCUCACUUUCUGGUAUGAGGUUUUUGAUCUAAGCCUGUGACAGAGUAUGGCCUAUGGUGCUCUUAUCUGUCUCUAGAUGUCUCUGAAUUGUCCUGUGUAAAUGGAGCUGUUGCUUUACCUCCAGCACCUGAGCAGGUGCUGCUAACAUCAUGUUCAGCAGGGCCAGAAGCUAGCCGUCUGGACAUUCCCCGCCAGUGAGUAAUGACUGUUACCUUGCCUUAUGUUCUAACACCCUUUUGUGUCCACCACUGCCUAGGCCACUGCCUCCUGGACUCUCUUGAAACUUUGGGCCUUUUAGCCUGCAGGGAGAAGAGCCUCUUUCUGGCCUCCCCGGCAGAGCUGCAGCUGCCAUGUCAGAGGGAGAAUUCCCAGGCCAAGCUUGUGGCCUCUUCCCCACAUAGAGCAUGGAGUCCUACAAGCUAGACUCCUGGGUACAGUGGUUGCUCCUCUGGAAUCUUGCCCUGUUUCUCAUCCCCAGUGGGCCUCUAAGGCUCCUGUGCCUUCUCCACUUCCCAUCCUGCCAUCCUGUACAGGUAACAGUUAAUGUUUGUCUUGGGGGGCCUGAGGGGCUGGGUGUGUCUGACUCUGACAAGCUCUGCAUAAGCUCAGAAGACACAUAGACUGGGUUGACCUUGGUGUGGAAAUUUAGGGUCAGGGUUCUGCUUAGAAGCAGUCUCUCUCUUUGUAUUCCGAGACAGGCUGACAGAGCCUUUAGGAGACUUGAGCAUGCACUAAGUCUCAAGGGCAGGAGCGGGCAGGGCAGUAGGUGUAUACAGUGGGUGUAUACUUAUGGAAGGCUGGGUGAGCAAAUAACUUGCCCUGCUUUGUAAAGCACAAAUAUCACCCACAUAUAUCAGGCUGGGAAGAUGACUCAGUGAUACCUCAAAAGCACACGGACACAAGUUCUAUCCUCAGAACCCACAUUAAAAAGCCAGGUGUGAUGAUGCAAUGUUUGUCAUCCCAGCACUGGGAGGCAGAGACCAGAUUCCUGGGGGCUUGCUGCCAGGCAGCCUCACUUGCUUGGCCAGUAGUAUAGAAGUUCUCAUCACAAGCACACCAGUAAUAUGUUGCACUAAGUCAUCCUGAUGUUCCUGGGUGAUGGGAAUUUUCAGCUCUAAUAUCACCCCAGGGGACUAUUUCUGACAUGACUGUAAACAUAUAUGUACAUUCAUCAUGCCUAUAUACCCAUGUCUGAAUCCACUAUCACAAGACACACAGAGAUGCAGGUACUGUAAGCUUAAAAUGACCUGUCCAAUUCAAACUGAAUACAAAGCCAUAUUUUAUUUUGUGCUUCCUCCUCUUUGAAUUUGCAGUUGUCCAUCUCUAACAGUGAUGAUCACUGUCCUAUUUAGCUUUAGUUGUCAAUGUGACACAGCCUAGAGUCCUCUGGGAGGAAAGCCUUGAUUGAGAAAUUACCUAGGUCAGAUAGGUCUGUGGCCAUAUAUGUGGAGGAUUGUCUUGAUUACUAAUUGAUGCAGGAGGGCCCGGCCUAUUGUGGACAAUACUAUACCCAGGCAAGUGGUCCUGGGUUGUAUAAGAAAGCUAGCUAAGUAUGGGCCUGCAAGCAAGUAAACCAGAGAGCGAGCCAGCAAACAUUUCUCCAUGGUUCUUGCCCUGAUGUCCCUUAAUGAUGGAUUGAAACGUGGAAGUGUAAGCUAAAUAAAUCCUUUCUUCUAAACUG